UAUGUCUGUACAUGUAUGAUUACUGUUUAGAUUUUACUUUUACUAGUUUUAAUAAUUCAAAUGUAUGCAGUAUAAAAUUAUAUGUUAAUAUGAACGUUAUACGCAGAUCGCUUUGUAAAUCCCGCCAGAUAAAAGUGCAUUAUCUACUUCAAAGAUUGUACUGCACAGAUGACUUAGAAGGAGGUGUUCCGCUAUCCUUUUGGAGCUUUGAGCCAGCAGAACCAGCACAAAACCAGCCUGUCAUCAUCAUGCAUGGUUUGUUUGGAAGCAAUCACAAUUGGACUGCAAUUAGCAAGAAAGUAGCUCGUGCCACGAGUAGACGGGUGCUGGUGCCCGACGCUAGAAACCACGGCCGCAGCCCACACACUCACUACAUGGACUAUUCGUUAAUGUCUGAAGAUAUUCAGCUGCUGAUGAGACGGGAGGGAAUCUCACAAGCUGCUAUAGUAGGACACAGUAUGGGUGGACGCACUGCUAUGGCACUCGCACUUAACAAGAAUUCGGCGGUGGAGCGACUAGUGGUGGUGGAUGUGGCACCCACAAGAAUGGAGGCAGGUACCUUCUCACCUGAGUACAGGCAGGCUACGCGCAGAGCCACACUAAAGGGAACUUCCUUGUCAACUAUAAAACAUGCUCAGGAGGUGGAGCGAAUUUUAGAGACUCCAUCUAACUUCCCUGAAUAUGUGAAAGCACUCUUGCAAGUAAGGUUUGAUGGGGAACCAACUCUACUGGAGGCAAGGCGAUCAGCGUCAGAUCAGAUAGCUUGGGCCGUCGAGAAUGAACUCAUACGGGCAUUUUUGGUGACAAACGUGACAGAAGAAAACGGCAUUUAUGGCUGGAAAUGCAAUUUAAAGGCCAUUGCUGCCAAUCUCAACCACAUAACAGCAUUCACGUCAUUCAACCAGCAAUAUAGUGGCGACACUCUGUUCAUAGGUGGCGGAAAUUCCGCGUAUUUCACUAAGGCAGACUACCCGGAGGUUUAUCGUCUGUUCCCGAGAGCCCAGAUUGUAAACAUAGAUGGCGCUGGCCACUGGGUUCACUAUGACAAGCCACAUGAGUUCAUGCAGCAUCUUAUAAGCUUCCUGAAUGCUCCGAGUGAUCAGCUACAAAGCACGUAAGCACGGUGGAACGUGUGAAUGCAGAGAGCUUCAACAUGAGCCCACCAUUAGGUAAUGUAGUUUUCUCAUACGUAUUGUCAGUACAGCUGUGCAUGGACUUGUCUGCUAUCACUGCGAUGCCAUGAGUCGUAAGAUGUUGUAGUGAUGUGAUAGUGCUGACGGAGUUUCACCUGCGAACCUUCUUCUGCUAAGAAUGCCAAAUUUAUGCAUUUUUAGUAGAAUUGCUACUGCACGUUACUGCUGCAGCGUUAUAGGUGGUUACUGGUGCGAACUUUUGUAGAAAGGAAGCACCAGCAGGCAUGAUUGCCAUGGCAACCAUAGUGUUCCAGAUACGGACACAAAAAAACUGCUGGAUUUCUGUAAAACGACUUUCUCUUUGUUCUUGCGAAACACGCGUCCGUCCACGUUAACGGCUCAAUCCGCAACAAAAUAAC